AUGACGAGUCUAUUUCAGGGAGCUCGCAGGGCGGCGGGGGCUUCAACACGUUAUUAUCUCCUCCUCCUCCUCUCUGUUGACGCUCUCUGCUCUUCUUUUCCGCCUCAUCUGGCCCGGCAGAAAUUCAAGAUCCGGAUAGAGGACCCCCCUCGGCGUAAACACAUGGUGUUCCUGGGCGGCGCCGUGCUGGCCGACAUCAUGAAGGACAAGGACAACUUCUGGAUGACGCGGGAGGAGUACCAGGAGAAAGGGACGCGGGUGCUGGAGAAGCUCGGGGUCACCGUCAGAUAAAAACGCAAAAAAUACAAAACCAAAACAAACAAAAAGCCUUCCCUCCCCGCCAACACCGUCCCUCCAUCAACACCCUCCGCUGACAUCCACCGACCCUCACCUCGCUGUGUCCGGAUGGUCAAAGAGGGACGAUGGAGGAAGUGAAUGAGGGACGAAGGAUUUUGGGGUAAGAAGUCUGAUGGCGAGAGUUGUUGAAUUUUUGCCCAUGACCCAAAAAAUACUGAGGACACGAGGUUAAGUCCUCCAUUUAACCCUCAACAGUGUCCGAAAAACAUGGAUUUGUAACCUAAAAACUGCUUUAUUCCCCUUGAAGCCUAAAUCUGAAAAACGAUUCCUUUAACCCUUUGAAACCUGGAGCGACAUCACUUUUGUGUGCUGCUUUCAGACGCCUUUCACAUGGAGACCUUUGAACUUUCUGUCAAAAACGUAGCGAGAAAAAAAGCAAUGAGCAACUUGGUAAGAAAUUAAUAGAUUUUGAAUUUUUUUUUAAAAGCUAGGGAAAGUG